GUUGUUUUGUAAAAUACUUGUGAUUAAUUACCUUCCGUUUCUGUUUUGUUGUUUUUACGCUGAAUCGAUUUUAAGUUAUCGAAUCUGCUAUACGCCAGUUAUUUAUCGAAGAAAGAUGGCGAGCUCUGGUAAACAGUAUGGGCUCAUUUUGCCCCGGAAGAAUGCAUCAAAAUCUGCACCUCUCUCCCGCCCCUCUGUGUUUGGAGAUGAUUCUGAUGAUGAGACCUCGGUUGGGGAGAGCUUGCAGAAGGAGGCAGUCAAAAAGAAGAUGAUGAAGCAGACCCGUCUUGAGAUGCAAAAGGCACUUGAAGAGGACAGCACUGUCUAUGAGUAUGACAGUGUGUAUGAUAUUCAGAAACAGAGACUGGAAAGCAAUAAGAAAUUGCUAGGUGGCACAGACAGAAAGCCCAAGUAUAUUAACCAACUGCUCCGUGCAGUCGAAGAGAGGAAGAAGGAACAGGAACGUCGUGAUGAGAGGAAGAUCCAGAAGGAAAGGGAAGCAGAGGGCGAGAUGUUUGCUGAUAAAGAGGCUUUUGUCACCACAGCGUAUCGCCAAAAACUUAAAGAAAGACAGGAGGAGUUGGAGAGAGAGAAGAGGGAAGCAGAGUUAGAAGCUGCACUGGAUGUCAAGAAGCAGAAGGAUCUCAGUGGAUUUUAUAGACAUCUUCUCAACCAGACAGUCGGAGAGGAGGCAGUGCCUGAUCGUAGUGCUCAAAGAGAGGAGAAGGCUACAGGCUCUGCAGCAGCAGAACAGUCACCAACCCCGGAACCCACAGUGAAACAAAGAGAGAGCGAGGCAGAAUCCCACAGCGAUGAGGACCAGAGUGAUAAAAAAGCUGCGUUCACUAAGACCACCACAAACAGCAACCACUCAAAACGUCACUACAGACAAAAAUCCCCUCUUUCAGAUAGUGACGAUGAGCAAGAGCGUGACAGGAAAGAGAUUAAAGAAAGGAGUCACAAAGAAAGAGAAAGGGAUAGAGCAAAGGAUAAAGAUAGAGAGAGGGCCAGAGACCGAGAGGACAAGCACAGUCACAGAAAGGAGGACAGGGACCGCAGAAGAGAGAGGGAGCGAGAUAGGGACAGAGAAGACGACAGAGGCCAAGAAAGGAGGGACAGAGACAAAGAUGACAGAAAUAGUAACGGGGACAGAAGAAACAGCAGCCCAAAAGACAGAGAAAGGGACGGGAAAGACGAGCAAGAUCGAGACAGAAGAGACAACAGCCCGAAAGACAGAGAAAGACAUCGUAAAGGAGAACGAGAGCGAGACAGACAAGAUAACAGCCCGAAGGAUGGAGAACAGGACCGCAAGGGAGAGAGAGAUCAGAGGGACAGAGAAAGCCAGAAAAUGGACAACAAAAGGAAAAGCCAGGAUGAGGAAAAAAUGAGCGAAAGGAAGACUGACAAUGAUAAAGAAGAAAAGGUUGUGGAAAUGGAGGACAAAAGUGAUGCACAACAGAAUCCUAGUAAAUUUGCAAAACGCAGCAGUGACCAGACUCUAAAUUCAGCCAGAGAGAGAUAUCUGGCCCGCCAACUUGCUCGUUUUGCUGCAAAGCCCUACAUUGAAAAAGAUGACGACUAGCAAAUGGAUUGACCAUUGUAUCUCCCCCUUUUAAACAGUACAUAUGGGUUUGGUUAAGGCAAAUAAUUUAAAUGCUUUAGUGAGCCUAAGUGUUUGUAAAAUUGGGGAGAAUUAAGCUUUUUUUUGGUGUGUAAAUUUCACUUUAUUGUCAGUUAAUAAAACAAAAUAACAAUCCUACAUUAACAACCACA